UGUGGACAGAGCUGCAGUGAAGGAGCUGUGAUCAGCAUCCCUCCAUCUUCACAGGCAUACAUAGGAAACACAAUGAAAGGGGACACCCCAGUAAACAGCACCCUAAGUGUGGGACAAGCCAGGAAAAUGGUGGAGCAACUAAAGAUCGAAGCCUCCAUGUGUCGCAUCAAGGUCUCCAAGGCAGCUGCAGAUUUAAUGACGUUCUGCGACGCUCACGCCUGCGAGGAUCCUCUCAUUACUCCAGUCCCAACUUCUGAAAAUCCAUUCAGAGAGAAAAAGUUUUUCUGUGCUCUUCUCUGAUCAUAUCCACACGAAACCAUACACACAGGCUUCUCCUCCACGAAGACCAAUCCCCAUCUCUAGCCUUGUCUCACCUACAUUUUCCUCAGUGAAGAAAUUUUUUUUUUUAUUUCACCUUCUCCUGAGUGGGUGAUUAGGAGAAAAACAAAAUGUAUCUUUGUCCACAAGAACUGGUCUGAAAUGCCUCUUUGCUCUUCUAUCUUCAAGGAGUUCUUGUAAAACCUCAGUUGCCAUUUUCAUGCCCUAAAUAGGGCAUCCCCUGUUUUAAUCUCCACAUCAGUAUUUAUUUGUAAAUUAAUUCUACAGUGAUUAAUAAAAGUUAACAAGGGAUAA